CGCCCAUCAAUUCAGUCCAAACAGCCCCCAAAAGACACGAAAAGAGACGGGAUUCUCUGUGUCUUUAAUCAAAAAUGUUUUCCCGCUCUGCGUUAGCAAAGGCUUUUGCCCUUCCGUUGGAACAAACCACACGCCAACCGCUCAUCACCACCUUCCGGGCCUCCCUUCAUCAAGCAACAACGACAGCAUCCAGUACAUCCCAUCCCGAUGUGCCAUUAAGCGCUACUCCGCAGACGCAAACAUCUGCUCCAGAGAAACAACCCGAGCACUCAACUUCAUCCACCUCCGUUCCUCAGACACGCGACCAAGUACCCGCCAACAAACAGCCGGUUAAGCCCACUUUCGACUCGCCGCUGAAAGUCUCCCAAUCCCUCCUCGAUAUGCUGCCACACCUAUCAAGCCAACGACCGCACUACAUUACCACCCACUUGCAUGAUAGGCCCUACCUGCUUACCGCUGGUGACCACCUCCGUCUGCCAUUCCUCAUGCCUAAAGUGAAACCGGGAGAUGUUCUUCGAUUCAACCGGGCUUCUGUCCUAGGUUCUAGGGAUUUUACCUUGAAGGGAGCCCCCUACGUCGAUGAGCGACUAUUUGAAUGCCGUGUCCGAGUCAUGGGAGUUGAUUCGGAGCCUUUGAGGGUCAAGGAGAAGACCAAGCGCAGACGACGACACGUUCAACAUGUCACGAGCAAGCACCGCUAUACGCUCUUGAGGGUGAUGGAUGUGAAGGUGAAGACCGCAGAGGAAUUGCUUCAGGAAGGAGCUGUUGUUGUGGAUGGCGCAGAAGCUGCUGCUCAGGUCGAGACGAAGGCAUAGAUGUGUUGAGCGGAGUCUGCUAAGGAGUACUGGGAAAAUUGUUAGGCGGAGUAUGAUGGAACCCGCAUUUUCCUUUUGUGACUAUUUCCUGGGACUUGUUGAGACCAGUCAUGUACAGAUAGAUAGAUCUUGGUGCAUGUUAUCCAUGCAUUAUACUGUAUUCUAUAAUUGCCAUUUCAAAUAAAAGAUAACAGAUGUUGUCGAUACUUGCCCGUG